AUGGAACAAAGGAUUGUAAUUCUGGUGGUUUUGCUUAUAGUGGCCUUCCUAGUCUGCAGUGAGGCUCCGUUUGUUAAAAUGACUAAUGCGGUGUGCAAGUCCUACAACCAAUCGUGGGUGGUGGUGCAUUACUGCCGCCUGAAGGCCUAUUCCCGAACCAAGACCAGCUUGAACAUCAAUGCCACCUUCAUAGAGCCAGCCAAUGAGAUAUCAGUGCAUUUCAAGAUGAUGAAGAAGGCCAAUGGAUAUAAGCCCUUCUUGUACGACUAUACCUUCGACGCCUGCGAAUUCAUGCGAAGGCGCCACCAUCCAGUCGCCAAAAUUGUUUGGAACUUUAUCAGGAACGUAUCCACGGUCAAUCACACCUGUCCCUAUGUGGGAUUGCAGGUGGUAAGCGACUUCCAUCGCAUCGAAAUUCCUGUUCCACUGCCAUCUGGGGAGUACGUAAUCUUUUUGGACUGGUUAUUCGAUUUGAGGCCGCAGUUUGCCACGAAUGUAUAUUUCACCUUCGUAGAGGAACACUGA